AUGACACAAGCUGCGAAAGAUGCAGCCAAGUUUCUGAAGAGCACGCUCCGUCUUCCCGCUGCGACUUUUCCACCCCGACCCCGGCCCGCAGACAUAGCGAAAUACCUUCCGAAAUGUACAGACGACCUCUACGCCUGGCAGCGCCGUGAGAGGCCUGCUUCAAAUACCUUCGUCCUCCACGAUGGCCCUCCUUACGCGAACGGGGACCUCCAUGUUGGGCACGCUCUCAACAAGAUCAUCAAGGAUAUUAUUUGCCGCUCGAGGCUUCUAGAGGGCAAGAGAGUAGACUAUGUACCUGGUUGGGAUUGCCACGGGCUGCCGAUCGAGUUGAAAGCUCUGGAACAAAAUGGUUGGGAUCGUGGACAAGGAGUCGAUCCGGGUGCGAUUCGAAAAGCAGCCAGGAAGUUUGCGUCCAAGACAGUGGAAAAGCAGAUGGCCGGCUUUCGUUCUUGGGCCGUGAUGGGAGAUUGGGCAAAUCACUGGACAACCAUGCAAAAAGAUUUCGAACUGCGGCAAUUGUCCGUAUUUCAGGCGAUGGCGCAACACGGAUUGAUAUACCGGAGGCAUAAGCCUGUAUUCUGGUCGCCGUCCUCAGGCACCGCUCUUGCGGAAGCGGAGCUGGAGUAUCAGGAUGAUCAUGUCUCCAACGCGGCUCUGGUGAAAUUUCCGUUGGAUAGUUUUGCCCCGUUUGCAGAUGGCCCGGUUCAUGCGCUGAUAUGGACUACCACGCCUUGGACGCUUCCCGCGAAUCAAGCAAUCGCCGUCAAUUCCUCACUGCAAUACUGUCUCGUCAGAUCAGACCACCAUGGUCUUUUGAUUGUGGCUCAACCCCGGCUUCAGUAUUUGGCGGAAACGAUUGGGGAGCCGCUAGAAGUCGUCUUGGACAGCAUACCCACGGACAAACUGCUGCGCAGCACCUACUCGGGCUUGCCGCAAUUUGGAAAGGGAGCCGCGAAGAGACCGUUCAUUCAUGCGGACUUUGUGUCAGCGGAGAGCGGGACUGGACUUGUUCAUUGUGCCCCGGGCCAUGGCAUGGAAGAUUACGAAGCCUUGCAGCCGUUGAUCAAAGCCUCGAGUAUUUCCGUGAAGGCUCCGGUGGACAGCCUUGGCCGAUUCGACAGUACCGCAUCUCCGCCCGACCCUGGCCUCCUUGAGGGACAGUACGUCUUCGAAGAGGGCAACAAAACAGUUAUGGAAAUGCUGCAAACGAAGGACCUGCUGGUCCACCAACACCUCUAUCGCCACAAGUACCCAGUCGAUUGGAGGACCAAGGAGCCCGUCAUCAUCCGUGCGACAGCUCAAUGGUUUGCCGACAUCUCCAAGAUCAGGAAUGACACUCUCCAGGCUCUCGACACUGUGAAAUUUUUACCGAAGACAGGCAAUGGUCGUCUCCGUAGUUUUGUGGAGAAUAGGACUGAAUGGUGCAUCUCUCGACAGCGGGCUUGGGGAGUACCAAUCCCCGCAAUUCACCACAAGAGAACGGGAGAGGCCGUCCUGACGCCGGAGAGUAUCAGCCAUAUCAUUGGUGUCAUCAGAGAGCGCGGGAUCGAUGCCUGGUGGUCCGACGAACCUGACGACCCCGGUUGGAUCGUUCCAGGCUUACCUUCACCUUCUUCGGAAUAUUGUCGUGGCGCGGAUACAAUGGACGUCUGGUUCGACAGUGGCACAAGCUGGACAUCGAUUCUCAGCAGCAAUAGUUCAACGUCCGCGCCGUCUCAGGCCCAAUCGGCACCUCUGGCCGACAUAUACGUCGAAGGAACUGACCAACACAGAGGCUGGUUCCAAUCGAGCCUGCUGACCAACGUUGCAUAUCAAAAAUCGCUUCCACCGACUGCAGUGUCGGAUUCCCCUGCUUCAUUCCAAGUUCAUGCACCAUUCCGCACUCUCGCGACUCAUGGAUUUACCUUAGACGCGCAAGGCAAGAAAAUGAGCAAGUCUCUUGGCAAUGUCAUUGCACCCAGCGAGAUCAUCGCGGGAUUGGGCCCUCCGGCGCCAACGAAAACAAAGUCGAAACGCGAAGUGCAUCCUCUCGGGCCUGACGCGCUGAGAUUGUGGGUUGCAAGCAGCGAGUGGACGAAGGACGUGGCGAUCAGCGAAAAAGUCGUGAUUUCCGUUCACCAUGCACUCGAUAAGUAUCGCUUGACAAUGAAAAUGUUAUUGGGUAUGCUGGCAGACUCUGAUCCUCAGAUGCUGGUGCCGUACGAGAAGAUGUCUCGGCUUGAUCAGAUUGCAAUGCUUCAUCUCCACGACGUUUGCAGCUCUGUACGAAAGGCAUAUUCGGAUCUCGAGUUCCACAAGGCGGCUUCCGCCAUCUAUCGCUGGGUAGCGAAUGAAUUGUCUAGUUUCUACUUCGAGGCAAUUAAGGAUGUCAUAUAUUGUGACGGGCCGUCAAGCCAGAGGCGUCUCAGUGCCCAAACAGCAUUACAUCACAUUUUGUACCAGUUACAGAACAUGUUGGCACCAAUGACGCCGUUACUGGUCGAAGAAAGCUGGGAGCAUAGUCCGGAGACCUACAAAGCGACACUUGAACACCCAUUACGGCGAAUAUGGACAUCGGUGCCCGAAGAAUGGUAUGAUCCAACUCUGAAAGCUGUCUUUCCAUCUCUCAUGGCUAUCAACUCGAGUGUCAAAGCUGCGCAGGAAGCGGCUCGGACAAGGAAGUUUAUGGGUCAAUCACUGGCGUCGGAUGUCACAAUCCAUAUACAGAGCGGCAUUGAUUUGCCGAGCAUCCCCAUUGACACACUGACUGAAGUUCUAGUUGUGUCCGCCGUGGAAAUUAUCAAACACGACAAUAUUGAAGAAGUCAUCUCAGCUCACUCAACUUCCGACUCCUCUCGAGUAUGGACGCUCUCAAGCGAGAUCAAAACGUCGGAAGGGCAGACAAUCGGACUCGCUGUUGUCCAAAGUCCUCGAGGUGACAAAUGCGCUCGAUGCUGGAGAUAUGUGGUUGAGCCUCGAGGAUCCAAGAACAAUUCGGGGUCAAAAGACGAAGAACAACUUUCCCUUUGUGGUCGAUGUACAAAUGCUGUUGAAGAAUUUCGAGUAAACUGGGCUACCGGACAUCGGAUACCUCUGCACCAAUCUGGACAUCAGAUGCCCCUGUUCAUGUGA